CGUGUUAUGCAUAUGCUGAUGGGUGGGCGAAAAGAAUGUGGCACCCUGUUGUGAUCCCCACACGCGGGUAUUGUAUUGUCCACCGGCACCAUGUCCGGCUUUUGGUCGGCUGAAUUGCUUGACUUCGCCGAACUGCAAAAUCGAGAAAUCGCAUCAGCCAGUAUUCUUUUCUGAAAAUAAGAAGCCUUGAAGAAAAUAGCAAAGAGUCAACUCUUGGCGAAAGAGCAAGAUCAACGGACUCAUCAUACCCGUGGUCAAAGAUCAUCCAUCACAAUCUUCCCAGAACUGCCAGAUCUCAGAGUUUACUAAAAGCAUCGCCAUGUCUCCCAAAGGCCCGUACAAGCUGGUUACGGUCAAUACCGCUCCUGAACGAGCGAAGAAGCUCAUUGGUCGUAUGGUCGAAGCUCUGAAAGAUCAAUAUACGAUACAGCAUAUGGCAAACUGCGAGACAAUCGAUCAAGUCGAACCAACAGUGAAGGAGAUCAAGCCGGAUGUCCUCUUUUGCGCCUCAAUGUGGACGCCCGAAGAGAGCGCACAGAUUCAACAGACCGCCAAAGACAUUGUUCCCGGGAUCAAGACGCACGCCAUCCCACAGGGUCUGCAGGUUCAGAAGGGUCCAGAUGCCGUUGUUGAGUAUCUGGUAGAGGAGGUUCCGAAGCUCCUGGGCUAAUUACAAACUCAAAGCGAGACGCGGAAUUGAGAUCUUGGGCUAUAAGGAGGCGGAAGACACGUAUCAAUUCUUGUCACGAGCUUUGCUCCUGAGAGUC